UUUUGUUUUUUGUCUUUUUGUUUUUAUGUGUGAGGUAAGAUGCAUCAGUUUGUUAUUAGUUCUUAUGAUCUCAGUCCCUUUUUUGGUUACUGUUUAGGUCUGCACAAUAAUGUGGUCUGUUCAUCUUUGUAUUUAUGUGGUUAUCUGUGUAUAACACUACAUUAUUUCACAGGAAGAACCAGAUGUUUGAGUUUAUACCCAACCGGGUGCCUGAAUUCCCGCUGAAGAAGUUUGAGAAGGUGUCUGGGGAAGCGUUCUUUGUAGAUGAAAACCUUCUGGUUUAUCCGAUAGAGGGCUUUCCUGACCAGGACAUCUGCGAUGCCUCAAAAGAAGCGAUUCAGAAUCACCUGCUAAAAUAUUCUGCUGUGAGCCGCAUCCUGCAGCAGCGUCAAACGAUCGAGCUGGUUCCUCUCACUCAUGUAUAUUACGCUUACAGUGGGAAAGACUAUGAUUACUUUGUUUUUGGGCGAGAAAACAAAGUUCACACUACCAAAUACCCUUCUUCCUGUAGCAUUUUGUAAUUUGUUUUGUGUCUUAACCAAUUUUGCAAUAAUGCACACCUUUUUUUUAUAAGAUGUAAAUACAGUAUAUACAGUGUGUAUUUAUAAUGUAAUAUAUAGAUGAACUGUAAAUGUCUAUGAAAAUGAAGCUGCUUUCUCCUCAUUCUCUCAUUUAAGCAUAUAACAGCAUGUUUUUAACUGACUUUUUAUCAUUACUUCAUUCUGUAUAUGAAAUAUACUUAUACUAGUAUUAAGUAUUAAAAUGAA